UCUUCUCUUUAUCUUAUCACACAGGUUUCCCCGCAAAAUGUUAUAAGCCCGCGGAGAUGCUCUUCUCAGGAUUCACGUCUACUAUCUCGAAUUUUUCUGUUUCACUCUGUUUUCCCUCUCCCUUCUCUGCUUUCUCUACUCAUUAUCCUCACAAUUCUCAUUAUCCUCUCUGUACAAACAAUUCCUCGCAAAAAUGUAUUUAACAUCCCUCAGACGCCCCCCAAUGCGCCUCCCACAACAUCUCACCAUGCUCCUUCGGACCACCCCCGCCCCAAUCCGUCACACCUCCGCCCUCCACACCUCCGCACCCCCGCCCCUCACCCCAGAGCAAACCGCCAUCGUGAAAUCCACCGCCCCGGUCCUAGAGCAGCACGGCACCGCCAUCACCUCCCACUUCUACAAGCGCAUCCUCGCCGCCGUCCCGGAGCUGCGCAAUGUCUUCAACGCCGCCCACCAGGAGUCAGGUGAGCAGCAGUCCGCGCUUGCCCGCGCAGUCUGGGGUUACGCUGCCCACAUCGACGAUCUGGAUAAGCUCUCCUCGACCGUCUCGCGCAUUGGGCACAAGCAUGCCGGACUCGGCGUAGCGCCAGAGCACUACCCCAUCGUAGGCGAGCACCUCCUAGCCUCAAUCCAAGAAGUCCUCGGUGACGGCGUCAAUGCCACUGUUAUGGAGGCCUGGGCAGCUGCCUACGCGCAGCUUGCCGCAAUCUUCAUCGGUUUUGAGAAGGGUCUCUAUGACGCCGCUGCCGCCACCCCAGGAGGUUGGAACGGCUGGCGCUCUUUCGUGGUCGAGCAGAAGACCCCAGAGAGCGGGGAAAUCACUUCGUUCCACCUCGCGCCUCAAGACGGGCUUGCCCUCCCCCCUUUCCGUCCGGGACAGUUCGUAACAAUUCGCUGUUUCGUGCCAGGCCUGAACCUCUUCCAGCCGCGCCAGUACUCCCUCUCUGCGCCUCCUGGAUCCUCUCGGUUCCGUAUCUCGGUCAAGCGCGAGGGGGGUGCUGAUAGGCCUGCGGGUCAUAUCUCGAACUUGUUGCAUGACGGGACGCCUGAGGGCGCGGUGCUGGAUUUGAGUAUGCCGUAUGGAGAUUUCACGCUCGAUGCUGAGGCGACUACGCCUGUAGUCCUACUCAGUGGCGGCGUGGGACUGACACCCAUGUUAUCGAUGCUGCAGACCAUCACAUCUGGUCCGUCAGAGCGGAAAGUUCAUUUCGUGCAUGCAGCGCGAAACCGCCAUGUGCACGCUAUGCGCGACGAGCUAGCGGCGGCGGUAGAGAAAAAUGGGAACGUGUCGAGGGCGGUGUACUAUGACGAGGUGGGGAAGGAGGAUGUGAAGGGCGUGGAUUAUGAUUUCCAGGGCCGCGUAGAGUUUGCGAGGACGGAGGCGCUGGUGGAGGGCGCGGAUUAUUAUAUUUGUGGCCCGGUGCCGUUUAUGGCGAAGCAGAGGGCGGAUUUGGAGAGGUUGGGCGUGGAGCCUGGGAGGAUUCAUUCGGAGGUGUUUGGGGCUGCGUAGAUAUGGGACGGGAAGGAGGUGUAGGAUAUGGGUACUGUAGAUGGUUUUGGUUUUGGUGUUGUCUUUUUGGCGUAUGGGGUCGCGUUGGGAUACACUCACUCUCCCCUUAAUGAUAGCGGAUAUGUGGAAUUGCCAUAAAAGUAGAGGUUACGGUACUGAUAUAUGGAUAUAGAGAUAGAGAUAGAAAAGUCCACCCUUAUUAGAUGAAGGCAUUGGCACUGUAUAUAAUUUAGACCGCUUCCUAAUACAUUUACUCUC